UUGAAAACUUGUCCUCCAGCCGAUGAUGACGCUCAUUCCGGACAUCGCGGUGCUUCAAACAACGCAACUUCUUUACUGUUGCAUUAAUUUACUUCUUCAAUUCACACACCUCAUUUUAUCAUUUUUAUUUUAUUUAUUGCCGCGGCAAAUUUAAAUCCGUCUCAACCUAAUUUUUUUAACCAAAGAUGAUGAAUUCGACGAUUCAAACAAACAUCGCGCGGCUCCAAAUCAUGAAAGCCAAGGUGCUGGCGGCACUGCGUAAGGGUGAAAACUAUGAGCUAAAGACAGAGCUGAACAGUGAAUACAAGGAGCGGCGGAAGGAAGCAGUGCGGCGAGUCAUUGCCAACAUGACAGUGGGCAAAGACGUCAGCGGUCUAUUCACCGAUGUGCUUAAAAACAUGCACACAGAUGACCUUGAAAUCAAAAAGCUCAUUUACCUGUACCUGAUAAACUACGCAAAGACGCAGCCGGACCUGGUUAUUCUGGCUAUCAACACCUUUGUCAAGGACGCCGAAGACACGAAUCCGCUGAUUCGCGCACUGGCAAUUCGCACAAUGGGCUGUUUGCACGUCGAGGAGGUGCUCGACUACUUGUGCGACCCUCUCCAUAAGUGUCUGAAGGAUACCAACCCGUAUGUGCGCAAGACUGCCGUGAUGUGCGUGGCCAAGGUGUACGACCUGAGUGUGGACGUGGCAGAGGAUAAUGGAUUUGUCGAAAGCGUGCGUGAGGCUCUGUCAGACUCCAACUCCAUGGUUGUGUCCAACGCAGUGUCGGCGCUGGUCGAGAUGAACGAUAUGUCGCCACAUCAUGACGUGUGGAGGCUUGAUGCGAACACAGUGGGCAAGCUGCUGACGGCCAUCAACGAGUGCAUCGAGUGGGGUCAGAUUGCCAUCCUCGAGACCCUGGUUGAUUACACGCCGAGGGACGAGAAGGAGGCCGAGAAUAUCUGCGAGCGGCUGCUCCCACGACUGCAGCACGCCAAUGGUAGCGUGGUUCUCACCACCGUGCGGCUCUUGCUCAAAUACGAAAAGCACGUGCACAGGGCUGACCUGCUGGCGCAGUUCUCCAAGAAGAUGGUGCCACCCCUGAUCACACUGCUGUCCUCAGACCCCGAGAUCCAGUACGUAGCCUUGCGCAACAUCAACAUCAUUCUGCAGCGCCACCCGAAGCUGCUGAGCAAGGAGAUACGCGUAUUCUUCUGCCGCUACAACGACCCCAUCUACGUCAAGUACGAGAAGCUCGAUGUCCUUGUGCGCAUCUGCUCCGAGCGCAACACCGAGCCACUGCUCAAUGAGCUUAAGGAGUACGCCAAGGAGGUUGACAUGGACUUUGUGAGCCGCGCCGUGCAGGCUAUCAGCCGCCUGGCCAUCCGCUAUGAAACCGCCGCCGAAAAGGCCAUAAAGGUGCUCCUUGAGCUGCUCGAGACCAGGGCCAACCACAUUGUGCAGAGCUGUAUGGUCGCCCUACAGGACAUCUUGCGCCGCUAUCCGCGCUGCUUUGACAGCCUGGUCGACGGACUGUGCGAGUACGUCGACGACGUCAAUGAGCCUGAGGCCCGCGCCGCGCUGAUCUGGAUCCUCGGCGAGUACUCUGAGAGCGUCACCAACAUUUCCAAUAUAUUGACAUCAUUCCUCGAGAGUUUCCUCGAGGAAGAGGACUCUGGCGUGCAGCUGGCCCUGAUCAAUGCCACCGUAAAGUUCUUCCUCAAGAGCCCCCAGCAGGGCCAGACCCUCGUGCUCAAGGCCCUGCAGACGGCUACGGAGAAGUGUGCCAACCCAGACGUUCGUGACCGCGCAUACAUAUACUGGCGGCUGCUAUCCGCCGACCCCAACGCUGCGCGCGCAGUUGCGCUGACAGAGAAGCCAGCCAUUGAGCUAGAGAACGUUGAUCUGUCGCCGCAGCUUCUCGAGGAGCUUGUCAAUGAGCUUGGCUGUGUAUCCUCGGUACUGCAAAAGCCCGCCAGACUUUUUGUGUAUUCGCUGACCGAGAAGGCUGGUGUGCCCAGGGAUUCAGGUAUCAGCGCAAUGGGGCUGGAUGAUGCCGACAAUGUGGCUACCGGUGCCGGCGAUGGCGCGGGCUCGUCUCCGGCGGGCAUUGAUGUGAGCAACGAGGGCGAGCCCGAGCUCUUGAUCUCGUUUUGAAAUAUAACAUUAAUAUUUUG